AUGUUCAUCCACCAUGAGGGGAAAAUUGAAUCCUCAGUCGUCGUGAUCGAUCAGCCAACCAAGCACCUUUCUCCAUCGCCAAAAAUCGAGUUUCAUCUCUCCUUCCCAUCUUCCGGGUGCAAUCGAAUCGGGUUUUUGAUCAUCGGGUACAACCUGUCAAUGAUCUUUCAAAUAAUCAAAGUAUUUGAUCUUUGUGUAUCUCGUUUCGAGUUUGAUGGUGGCGAGGUGGUUACAAUGGAAGCUUCUCUGAAUCGGUGUUGUAAGGCCAUAGUUAUUGAGAGACUGCCCUCUGGAGUAUUUGCUGACCCAUUUGAGCUACAACAUCUUACUCAACUUGAUGGUUGUUCUCAUAUAUUUUUAGAGUGUGAAAUACAUGACAAAAGAUGAAGGUGAUGAUGUUGAAAGCGGUGAAGAUGAAGAUGAAACUUGUUUGACUGGUCAAAGCAAAAACUCAUCUCAAAAGAUGAAAAGUUAUGAUAGAGUUAGCAGUUGUCCUUAUCCCUAUGUAAAUGAGGAGAAGACAUGACUUGGAAUCAUAAUUGAGAAGGAAGAGAAACCUAAUGAAGACUUAUCCUUAUGUUUAAUGCAUUUUAAGCAAUUCAGCAAACUACAAGUCGACUUCGGAGUUCUUCACGUCGAUAUGGCAGUAUUCAAUAUUCGAGGGUUUUUCUAUUUCACGCGGUGGACUUUUCCCACAUUUAAUUAGGUUUAAUCCUAAUUAAAUGCAUUUUGUUCUAAUCUUUAAUAAUGUGUAAAGGGUA